GUAUAGAUUCUAGAAUAUUGAAAUGUUUUUAGUUGUUAAUUGAUUUAUAAAUACUCAAUUUUAGGCCUAAGUUUAUUUGGUGCUAUGUUCAUACAACAAGUCUCACAAAGAUCUACAAGUUUCUCGUUGUUUCCUCAAUUUUAUUGGAUGGUAGUUGCAAUUUUUUUCUAGAAUUAUGUUGUCCCUUUGUUUUCUCAUUUUGACGGUUUGGGAGUCGCUUGGUUAAGUAAACUAACUUAGUUAGCAGGAGGUUAACCAAAAUACCAGGUUUUCUUAAACUUGUAUCACUAUUUAUGUCUAAAUAAAGUACAAAUCAUUGACCUUAUAUACUAUUGUGACUAUUUGGUAUGAGUCAUAUGACAAACAUCUCAACACCCGGAAUUUAAUAACAACCUGAAACUUUUUUUUGGGCAAAACAACAUGAAACUUAACCUUGGAAAAAACACACUAAAACUGAAUGUGAUUUGUCCACAAGACAAUUAAGAAAAAAAACUGAAUGACAAAUAAUCAAUAUAUUGUUGAGAUCUUGACAUCGCAAUAUUUUGUUGAUUAAACAAACCUUUCUUAUUUGUCAAUUCUUCGUUAAUUUAAUAAUUUGAUUGUUCCAUACACACGGAAUAUCGUCACCUACAUCAAUUUGUUUUCUUGUCAUAAAUAUAUGAAAUAAAUCAAUAAUCAUUAGAAAAAUAUUGGAGUCGCUUUCAGAGUUUGUCCAAUUUCACAGCAUAACAAAUUUAUAAUAUUUAUAAACAUACAAGUUUUACAUUGACUUGGUCACAAUAAGAGUUCUAAACUCUUUAUAACUCCUAACAAUAAUUGAUACAUGUCAGUGUAUAUCAUCAACUAUUUCAAGUCUCCAAUUAAGUUUUUGUGGGAUUUGAGUAUGAAGAGGAAGCUUUUGUUAACAGUCGGCACUUGCUUAGUACUUUGGUCGGUGAUGUUAGUAUCUUUCUCAAACGUCUUCAAACACCACAUUCUUGGCGCUAUAGUCAACGGUUCAAAUGAUUCCGACAAACCUAGGGAUAAACUGUUAGAAGGUCUUUUAACUGCUGAUUUCGAUGAAGAUUCUUGCUUGAGUAGGUAUCAGUCUUCCUUGUAUCGCAAGUCAUCUGCUUACAAGCCUUCUGAAUAUCUUGUCUCUAAGCUUAGAAGCUAUGAGAAGCUUCACCAGCGUUGCGGUCCAGACACAGAAGCUUACAAGCAAGCAACAAAGAAUCUUGGUCAUGAUGAUGAGAAUCAUGCAAACAAGUCCGUUGGUGAAUGCAAAUACAUUGUGUGGGUCGCGGUUUACGGUCUUGGAAACAGAAUACUAACUCUUGCCUCAGUCUUCCUCUACGCGCUCUUGACAGAGAGAGUUGUCCUUGUUGAUCAAAGCAAAGACAUAAGUGAUCUCUUCUGCGAGCCGUUUCCAGGUACGUCAUGGUUACUCCCUAGUGACUUUCCAUUAAUGAAGCAGAUUGAUGGCUACGACAAAGGAUACUCUCGCUGUUACGGAACAAUGUUGAAGAAUCAAACCAUUAACUCGACUUCAAUCCCGCCUCAUCUCUAUCUUCACAUCCUACAUGAUUCAAGAGAUGAAGACAAGAUGUUCUUCUGCCAAAAGGAUCAAACCAUGAUCAACAAAGUCCCUUGGUUGAUUGUCAAAGCCAAUGUCUACUUUGUUCCAUCUCUAUGGUUUAAUCCAACUUUUCAGACCGAACUAAUCAAGCUAUUCCCGCAGAAAGAAACCGUCUUCUACCACCUGGCUCGAUAUCUUUUCCACCCGACGAAUCAAGUUUGGGGUAUGGUCACAAGAUCCUACGAUGCUUACUUAUCAAGAGCAGACGAAACACUUGGGAUACAAGUAAGGGUUUUCAGCAGACGUGCUGGUUAUUUGCAGCACGUCAUGAACCAGAUUGUAGCAUGUACACAAAGGGAGAAACUGUUGCCUGGACUAGCUACACAUGAAUCACAAGUCACCAAUACAUCAAGGAGCAAGAAACUUAAAGCUGUUCUUGUCACAUCUCUCUAUCCAGAGUACUCCGAUAACCUAAAGAAUAUGUAUUGGGAACGACCAACUUCGACAGGAGACAUAAUAGAAGUCUAUCAGCCAAGUGGAGAAAGGUUUCAGCAAACAGACAAGAAGCUUCACGACCAAAAGGCGCUCGCUGAGAUUUAUCUUUUGAGUUUAACUGAUAACAUUGUCACAAGCGCAAGGUCUACGUUUGGAUAUGUUGCUCAUAGUCUUGGAGGGUUAAAGCCAUGGUUACUCUAUCAACCAACGAGAGGUAAAACUCCUGAUCCACCAUGUGUUCGUGCUGUAUCCAUGGAGCCUUGUUUCCUUACCCCUCCCACUCAUGGAUGUGGAGCUAAAAAGAGAGUUAACUCCGCCAAAGUCGUUCCUUGUGUUAGACAUUGUGAGGAUCUUAGGCAUGACGGGCUUAAACUAUUUGAUGAUCCUCAAUAUGAGUUAUAGAUGUUAUUCCACUGAAAACAGAGAAGCUUAAAUGAAAUUAUAUUGUACGUAAGGGCAACUGAAUUUUUGUAUAUAUAGUACAAUGCCUUAAAAAGUGCUCUGUCUGUUAAAAAACAGAUGUAGUUCUAGAUUUUUCACUUUAAUUAAGAAAAAUGUUAAAUGUUGAUUUUUGUUCUUAUUUAACUAUUAGAGCUAGAUUUUGAGCCGCGCUUGAAAG